GGGGGAUGGAAGAACUGCUCUGUAAUGCAGCAAUAAGAGGGGAUUUGAAAUCGCUACACGAAAUAAUUGCAAAGGAUAAUUAUAUAUUGGAUAAAGUUUUGGUGGGAUGUUUCAAAGGGAAAAAUCCUCUUCACGUGGCUACAUCAACAGGGCAAUCAGAAUUUGUUCUAAAACUUCUGGAAAUUAAACCAAAGGUUGCUGAAGUUAUAGAUACGGAACUAGGCGCGGCUCUUCACAUAGCAACCGCUAAUGGGGACGGAAAGAUUGUGGAAGCUUUAGUGGAGCUUAGCCCUGAGAUGUGCAUGGCUCGUGAUCGAGAUGGUUAUAAUCCUCUUCAUAUCGCUGCGAUGAAAGACAAGGUUGACAUAUUGAAAAAGUUGGUUCAAACUUGUCCCCGCGCUGCUCAAGUCAUUGUAGAUCGAGGCAACACCAUUUUACACUUGUGUGUAAACUAUAAUCAGCUUGAGAGUUUGCAACUAUUGCUGGAGAUGAUUAGAGAUCGCAAAUUUAAACACUCUACAGAUGACAAUGGCAAUACCAUAUUACACAUAGCUGCUUUCAAUAAGCGUCGUGAGAUUGUCGAACAUCUACUCAAUAGUACAACAAUACAUGUGAAUGAAAUAAAUGAAGCGAAUCGGACGGCGAUGGAUCUUUUUUUAUCUGUGCAAAAUCGUCCACAUAAGGAUGAAGUGGAUGUCUGUAUCAAAAAAUUCCUACGUGAAGCUGGGGCUAAAGGACAUAAACAAAUGUGGGUGAUAACUCCGUCUCAUGGGUGGGAGAGAGUAAUGCAGACAUUAAUGGUUGUAGCAACGCUGUUUGCGACAAUGACAUUUCAAGUGGGAGUGAACCCUCCGGGCGAUGUUUGGCAAGACGAUUUAAAAGAACACCUUGCCGGAGAAGCUAUACUUGCUUAUAAAUAUUCGAAAUCGUAUUCGUGCUUCGUGUAUUUCAACACGGUAGGAUUCCUCGUCUACGACUUUAAUUUUAUUGCUCCUACUGUCUACUGUGGCAAGGCCACGACGUUUUCAGGGGUGGGUUCCCCCCGUGAUGUCAUUAUGAACGAUUAUGACCACGGCGUUUGCUUAUACAUAUUCCGUCAUUGUCGUCUCACCGAAGCAUAUGGUGGCCGUAACCAAUACCAUUAUGGUUGCGAAUUACCGUCCGAGACGAAAGAUGUCCAGGGAAAGGAUGUCCAGAUUAGCUAGAGAUGGGCCGAGACUUCUUCCAAAUGCAGUUGGCGAGAACGUGCCCAUUGUUUGAUCUCUCUCUCUCUCUCUCUCUCUCUCUCUCUCUCUCUCUCUCUCUCUCAUAUGUGUUCAGACGAGCUUACAAGCACCUCAACUAAUCCUAAAACAUGUGAAUCAAUUUUUCUGCCUACUUGUGGAAGUCCUAAUUAAAGUGACUAGAGCAAAGUUCUAUAUGGAGCUUCAUUCUCAGGAAUUGUUAUAGGACAUGUUUCUUUUUUCGUGUAUACAUUAUAUGCAUACCUAUUCGUACUUUGUGGUUAUGCUGCUAAUUUAUGGUACUCAGUGUCAUGUAUUUUUGUGAUGUAUGUUAUGAAUGGAGAUACAAGAGACAUGUGUGAUUUCUGUGAUAA